GACAUCUCAUGAAAGAAAAUGGCGGAAGGUGGACCACCAGAGUGUCAAACUCAAAAGGAUGAAAUUCGAAAUUGUCUCAACCAGCAACUUAAAAAGGGUGAUAUUUGGUAUCUACUGGAUACCAAAUGGUAUAAACAGUGGAAGAAAUAUGUAGGGUAUGAUAAAUGGGAUUCUGGAUGUGUUGGUGAAGCAAGUGCUAACCCUGGUCCAAUUGACAACAGUCCUCUUCUAAAAGGAGAUGGUCAGUUGCAGGAACAUUUAAGUGAAGAUUUAGAUUACAUGUUAUUACCAGGCGAUGCAUGGAAUAGAUUACUUAGUUGGUAUGGUAUAAUUCCAGGACAGGAACCGAUCUGUCGAGGUGUUAUAGAACAAGGAAUGUUCGUAAAACACUGCAAAGUGGAGGUGUAUUUAUUGGAAUUAAAGCUGUGUGAAAAUUCCAAUUUGGAUAAAACUACUGCCAAACAAUUUAGUCGUUCAUCCACUAUAGCACAAUUAGAGAAGAAAAUGAGAGAAGUGUUUAGUAUAAAGGAAGAUAAAGAGGUUAGGUUGUGGAAUCGUUAUAUGAGUAAUACUUAUGAACAUUUGAGUAAAAUGGAGAACUCACUACAAGAUUCUGGUUUAUACCCAGGUCAGGUGAUUGUAAUAGAAGAAAAAAAUGAUGAUGGUACAUGGCCAAGACAAGCUAAAAGUACUAGCAGUUAUAAUACAUCUAGUACAAGUAGUUACGAAAAAACAUCCACCAGGUCUUAUAGUAAUUAUGAAGGUGGUGUAUCACAAGGUAGUACUAGUAGUUAUAAUAGUGGUUAUUCAUAUGAAGCAGGUCGUGGAGUAGCUACACCAGGUGUAUGUGGUUUGUCAAAUCUAGGCAAUACAUGCUUUAUGAAUUCGGCUCUGCAGUGUAUGAGUAAUGUACCAAUGUUGUCAGAAUAUUUUUUGAGUAAUAAAUGGAAAGAAGAAUUAAAUCCAGAGAAUCCAUUAGGUAUGAGAGGUGAAAUAGCUGAGUCAUAUGCUGAACUUAUACAAACUAUUUGGAGUGGUAAAUACAUGUAUACACUACCUAGAGCUUUCAAGUUAUCUGUAGGCAGAUUUGCACCACAGUUUUCUGGUUAUCAGCAACAAGAUUCCCAGGAAUUGAUGGCAUUUUUGCUUGAUGGUUUACAUGAAGAUUUAAAUCGUAUUAAAUCUAAACCUUAUGUUGAAUUAACUGAUGCUAAUGAUAGACCUGAUGAGGUUGUAGCUAAAGAAGCAUGGGACAACUAUAGGAAACGUAAUGAUUCAGUGAUAAUUGAUACAUUUCAUGGAUUAUUGAAAUCAACUGUUAAAUGUCCUCAGUGUAAUAAAAUAUCAGUGACUUUUGAUCCCUUCUGUUAUUUAUCUCUGCCAUUACCCAUAAAGAAAGAAAGACAGAUGAGUGUUACAUGGGUACCAUUAAGUCCUGAAGAAAAACCACAAGUUAUUCGAUUAACAGUGCCUAAAUCUGGAUGUGUAGGUGAUUUAACCAAAGCCUUGUCAAAAAUGGUAGAUGUUCCACAUAAAAUGAUCAAGAUAACAGAUGUAUAUAAUCAUCGAUUCCAUAAAGUGUUUAAAGAGGAAGAAGGUCUCAAUCAUAUAUUAGAGAGAGAUAUUAUUUAUGCAUAUGAGGUAUGUGUAAAGAAUACAGAGGAUGAUCCUAAUAUAGUAGUUUUACCUAUAUACUUCAGAGACAAGGGACGUUCACGACCUAGUACUAACUAUGGAGGUAGAGAUCAGCUAUUUGGAACACCUUUAUUUAUACCAGUUAAAGGAAAAGUUACAUAUGAUAUGCUCUAUGAUCUGUUAUUAGUACAGAUGAAGCGUUAUGUAAAGGUACCUGAUCCAAAAGAGGAAUGGUGGAAAGAUGAAGAUAAAGAGGAAAUGGAAACUAAUGAAGAAAAUGGUGAUACUGAUAAACCUGUUAAUGGAGAAGUAAGUAAUAUGGACGUAUGUGAAAGUGAUGAUGAAUUAGAAGAUAAAAAGAAAGAUAAUGGUGAAAGUAAAUCUUGUAAAGCUCGUCGUCUUUUUACCUUCUCUGCAGUUAAUUCUUAUGGUAGUGCCGAAUUAGAUCACAAAUUUAUAGAUGAUGGAAGUCAUCUUAGAAUUACCCCAAAAACUUAUGUAGCUGUUGAUUGGCAUACUGUUGCUAAAGAAAAAUUUUAUGACGAAAAAGAAGCAGAGUCUGUUGAAGAGCAUGAAAGUGGUAAAAAUAAAAAUCCACAGAAGAAGCAAGUAAUACAAUUAAAGGAUUGUUUACAACUGUUUACAGAAGCUGAAAAACUUAGUGAACAUGAUCCAUGGUACUGCCCAUCAUGUAAAAAACAUCAACAAGCCACCAAGAAAUUUGAUUUAUGGUCAUUACCCAAUAUUUUAAUCAUACACCUGAAGAGAUUUUCCUAUAAUAGAUACUGGAGAGAUAAAAUUGAUGCCUUGGUUGAAUUCCCUGUAAAGGACUUAAUGUUAGAUAAAUGUGUGAUAAAUAAAAAGCUUGGUAAACAACGGUAUGAUUUAAUAGCUGUUUCCAAUCAUUAUGGUGGAUUAGGUGGAGGACAUUAUACGGCCUAUGGUUUAAAUAAAACAACAAAUGAUUGGUAUUAUUUUGACGAUUCUAGUGUAUCACAAUCCUCAGAUGAUCAAGUGGUGUCUAAAGCAGCUUAUGUAUUGGUGUAUCAGAAACGUGGUGUAACAUCAUCACAGUAUAUAUCUAAACCAUCAAACGCCCCUUCAACAGCUACAAGUGGUGCAUCAGAUUGUAAUAUGUUAAAUGGAGCAGCAGCUGGAACAACUAAUGGUGUAAAUAGUAACGGUAUAAAUCAUAAUGAUGAUAUGGAUACCAACUGAUAAAUGUGAUGUUUAGGACAAUUUAUUCAUAAUUUGACACCUCUUCUGUGCAAACAACCCAUAUAAAAUCUGUGUGUUUGUGACUACUAGUACUCUGAAUAUAUUUUUGGAAAGUAAUGGCGUGAUGUGAGGUGUAUGAGAUAAUAUAUUCAGCAAGCAGCAGUUGUAUUUCAAUAUACUGGCAGAAAAUAAUAAUUUCAUUGUAUCAACCAUUUAUCAUCAUGUAAUAAAUUUGGUACAAAGCUUGAUCUCGAGCAAAAAUCCUUUGAAAGUAGAAGUUUUAUGACAAUGCAAUUAUUCAACUUGUGUGUUUUACAAGUGCAAUAUAAAUUUAAACGAGCUGGCUCUUUUGAAAGUCUUGAAAUAUGCAUGAUGUGGGCCGUAUAGGUAUCAUUUAAGUUAAAACUGAUUCAGAUGCUCUAAUAGUACAGCAAAUCAGUUAUGUAUGUCAUGAUAUUAAUAUUGUUGAAAUUAGUUAUGUUAUUGGAGGUACAUUAAAGAUACAUUAUGGAAGAUUAUAUAGAGAGUUGACAGUUCCCACUAUAAUAGUUAAAUAAUAGAUAAUGUAACAGGAAUAUUUACAGUUUCAGUUAAAUAACUUCACUCAAAGUAGCCAAAGCUGAGAAAUCUCAUUUUGUGACGAAAAUAAAAAAAAGUCUUGAUGAUCCAUUUUUGCAUUUAAUCAUCAAUGGCUGUUGAACGGUAGAACAGAUUCCAAUAUAAUGAAAACCAGACCUUUCAGAUGGCAUCGUGAGUUGAUUAUGGUCUUGUCAUGUUAAUAAAUGUUUCAUUUAAUAGUUUAUAUAACAUUUCAGGCCUAAAGAAAGACCUGCAAUAGGCAGAUUUAGCUCUUGCAUAAUAAGUAUGAAAAACAAAUAUAUUUUGACAUUAAAGUAGCUAUCCCUGAUAUAUUUGAGUGAAUCAAACUGGUUGAUUUUAUGUGAGAUCUAUGAUUUUUGCAAUUAUAUUCUUACUGUAUCCGUGUAGAAUGUCAAAAUUCCCCAAACUCCAUGCUAUACAAGUAAGUACCUGUAGAAGUUACAGUGUUCAAAUCAUAAUGUAAUCCAUUGAACAAUGUAAUCUAUAGAACUGUGUUGUGUUAUAUCCUCAACAUAAUCAAAACAAUGUAAAGUGGAAUUGCCUAAAUAAAUUGUGUAACUCUGUUAAUCAAAUCUAUAUUUUAAAUUGAAACUUUCACACAUGAUGAAUUUGCCAUUUCUUUAUAUUUUGACAUUUGAUUUACAUAAUCAAACCUACUUUUAUUAAUGGAGCUUGGGAGAGGUACACUUGAAAAUCUGGGACUUAUCCUUUAAGAUGAUCAAGGCUUAAAGAAUAGCAUGCAAAUCUUAACCUGUGUGAACAACUAAGGAGUAUGAAAAAUACUAAAGUAUAAUCUGUAUUAAGCAGCCACUCAGCUUGUAGGAAAUUUUUAUGACUGACCGCUUAACAGGAGUGACCUCUUAAUAAAAUCUCAGUGUUUGUUAGUGCUGACAUUAAGUAAAUUUUACGCUUUGAUGCAUUUGGAGCAAACAUCAAUACUUGUAUCGUUAAAUUUGGCUGUCGUUGAAACUUGCUUGAAAUUCAUUGACUCAAAUCUCUAAUAUAACGUCUCUAAACCUGUCAUUUUGUACCAACAUUGAUACUACUGUCUACCAUUUUGAUGUAUUUGAUAAUAUUUAUCCAUUUUUGUGAAGAAAAUCCAUUUAUUGAUUUUAUUUUAUCAAAAAAGCACGUCCAAAAGACCAUCGCUGAAUUUGUUACCGAGUCGGGGGGUGUAACUCUGUAUGUAAUAUACAAGGUGCUAAAACUUAUGUUUGGCAACAAAGUCGCAAUGGAAAAUAGAUGCUAGAUGAUCUUGACAAAACUCGACUUUGAUGAUACUCUUAGUUCAUUCAAUCAGUAUCACAUAAUGUUUCGUUACGUGUGAAAACAAUGAUCAGGGUUUAUCAUUUAAUAAAACAAAAUAAUCGUGACCGUUUACAAGGAGAUGUCGCUGAAUAGGAGUGGCUGCUCCUACAGAUUCUACUGUACAUGUAUAUCUUGGUCAGGAUUAUUAGUCUUGGUUUAUAAAAUUCUUAGUUGGAGGACACUCACUAUCUCAUCUUUAAUGACUAGAAGAUAAUUAUUAUUACUUACACAGAUUUCCUGGCAUUAUUAUAUCCUGUAAAUUAUAUAAAAUUGUUCUCGAGAUCAGCAAACAAUAUAACAAAUUAUUGUAAUCCUUAUCAACCAUUUAUAUACGCCCACAUUGAAAUGUGGUCAAAUAUUGUUGUCGCCCCCUUCCGCCCUUGAUGACUUUGAAAUAUCUUGUGGACGCUUUAGAGGCUAAAGUUAAUAUCCGACUUCAAAUUUAUAUGCAGCUUUUAAGGCCAUGAGACCAAAAAAGGCUAUUGAUUUUCAAUGAUUUCCGAUAAUUGCUGCCAGAGUUAUGGCACUUGAUCACUUUGUAAUAUCUUGUGGACGCUUUAGAGUUAAAGUUAAUAUCCGAUUGACUUUAAAUUUAUACACAGUGUUUAAGGUCAUGAGACGAAGCCUAUUGAUUUUCACCGAUUUCCAAUAAUUACUACUGGAGUUAUGGCCCUUGAUCGCUUUAAAUUUAUACACAGUUUUUAAGGUCAUGAGACAAGAAGCCUAUUGAUUUUCGCUGAUUUCCAAUAAUUACUGCCAGAGUUACUGCCCUUGAUCACUUUGAAAAAUCUUGUGUACGCUCUAGAGGUUAAAGUUAAUAGCCGAUUGACUUUAAAUUCAUACACAGUGUUUUAGAUAAUGAGACGAAGAAGCAUAUUAAUUUUCACAGAUUUGCAAUAAUUACUGCCAGAGUUACGGCCCUUGAUCACUUUGAAAACUCUUGAAGACGCUAUAUAGGCUAAGUUAAUAUCCAAUUGACUUUAAAUUUAUAUACACGUGUUUAAGGUCAUCAGACAAAGAUUUCUUAGAAUUACUGCCAGAGUUAUGGCCCCUGAUCCCUUUGAAAAAAUUUGUGGAUGCUUUCGAGGCUAAAGUUAUAUCCGAUUGACUUUAAAUUUAUACACAGUGUGUACGGUCAUCAGACAAUGAAUCCUAUUGAUUUUCAACGAUUUCCUAUAAUUACUGCCAGAGUUAUGGCCCUUGAUUACUUUGAAAAAUCUUGUGGCCGCUCUAGAGGCUAAAGUUACUAUCCGAUACACAGUAUUAUUGGUCAUGAGACAAAGAAUCCUAUUGAUUUUCAACAAUUUCUGAUAAUUACCGUCCUUUCACAUUUUGUUUGAGGACACUCUACAGAUCACAAUUUCUAUCCGAUUUUGAUGAAAUUUGAAAUAUAGGUUUAUCUCCCUAAGAUCUUGGUUCCUUUCAAUAUUGGCAUGUAUCGGACCUUAACUUCAUGGAUUAUGGCCCCUGAUUGUACGAAAAAUCAUGUUUUUCGCUUUUGGACACUCUAGAGGUCACAAUUUUUGUUGUCAUCCUUUUCUUGUCUUUCUUUUUGGGUUACAAAUGUUUAUUGAAGGACUACUUUGCUUGCUAGAUGUAUUAAUGUAAAUUGUGUUUCUAUUGGUAAGUACUGUAUAAAGUGUUAAUAAGAUAUUGGUAUGAAUGUUGUAUAAUCUUUACUGAGUAAAGACUUGUGUUUAUAGUACAUAAUAUUAGCUCAUUUUGAGUGGCUUACUUUCCUUCUUAUUUUAUUUAUUGACAUAUUGUUCAAAGAACUAUGUAAGCACCUUAUUACGAUGUAUAUAUAUAUAUAUAUAUGUUGGUAUGUGCAGGUACUCAAACAUUGAUGGGUUCAAUAAUAGUAAACAGAACUAAUAAUGUAACCCCAUACUAUAUGUGGCCAAUGAGGACUAAACUUUUGAGUCUUUCAAUAAAAGUUUUUUUUAUUUCAUUUAGACUAUGAAUAUUAUUCAGCUCAAAAUUCAUGGAUUAGAAAGUAAGUGUAACAGUACAUGUAGAUUAUAUAGACACUUAAUGAUAUAGUUUAAACAAACAUUAAAUCUUGUAGAUCAAUAAGUAUGUUUUCCUAUUCACAAGAACCAUAUAAUUCAGCUUAAAUUAUCUGGUUGCACUUUAUGUAGAAAAAACAUGUAAAAAAAAAGUUUUUAAGAAAAUUCAGUAUAUUGAGUUAUAUGAAUGAAAGUAAGAAAUAAAAUAACUUGAAAUCUUUACAAUACAGACGUAUUUUAACUGGUGUAGAAUUAUCUGAAUUUAUUUAAUAGAUUAAAAUAAAUAAAUAUAUACUUUAAAACUAAAUAUACAAAUACAAGUGGUUGCCUGUUUAUUUGUAUUUAACUGUAAUUAGAUGAUAUAUAUCGGAUUGAUAUAAUACUGUUUGACAUUAUUUCAAUCCUAAAUCUAUUUCCACAUCAUUACUGUAGACAUGAUAAACAUAAUAAUAUAUACUGGAAUAUAGUCAUUAGUUUCAAUAGCUAUACAAAUUUGUAUGUUUAUAUGAAUAAUAAGUUAUACUAUGGUUUGGACUUGUUUAUUUAGAUAUUGCGAUCUUAAUAGUGUUUAAUGACUCCUUCAUCAAAAAUAGAAGACUUGUUGAAACGUGCUAUCAAAUCAGUGAAUGUAUUCCAUAUAAAUUGUUUGUGCUUUUAAAGGUAAACAUGUUAAUAACACAUCUAAAAUUUGGAAUAGUAAAUUUUUCCUGUUGAAUAAUGUUUUUUUAUACCAUGAAUUCCUACUCCUACUAGAGCGUUUAAGGAGUCGUUACAAGCUAUUUUGUUUUGAAUAAAUUUGAAGGUUUCUGCACCAUUUCAAACCCAACAACCACAUCAUUAUUAUUUUUUAUAAAAGACCUGUUUGUUAUUUGAAACUGAUUAUAUAAUAAAUGUUUUAUUAACUAUA